AUGGGGACAGAGGUCGUCAGCUGCGCGUUCGCAUGUCAGCCGCUGGAUGGGAAUAAAAAGCAUGUUCCUGCCCCAACCCAGCUCUAGUCCAAGCUCCCGGAUGGGCGCAGAGCUCUCAUGGCGAUCUGGGUGAUUCUCCUCUCUACCUUGAUAGCGUCGCUGCUUGGUGGGCUCUACCUCCUGGGCGUGUUUCGGAGACGGAGACCUGAUGAGCCGCCUCUGGACAAAGGUACCAUUCCCUGGCUGGGUUAUGUGCUGGAUUUCAGAAAGGACAGUUCAGAGUUUCUAAAAAGGAUGCAGAGAAAACAUGGGGAUAUUUUCACGGUGCUGAUCGGAGGCUAUUACUUCACAUUCGUGAUGGACCCCUUCUGCUUUGGAGCCAUCGUGAAGGAAUCACGAUCUAAACUAGACUUUGAAAGUUUUGCAUCUAAACUGGUCCUGCAGGUUUUUGGUUACAAGGCCAGCAAAGCCAGCCAUGGCAUAGUUCAUGCACUGAGCAUGAAGCAUCUGAUGGGAGAAGGGCUCACUGUCAUGACAGAAGCCACCAUGAAGAACUUUCAGAAGCUGAUGCUGUUCAAUCUCAACUCAGGAGAGGAGAGGGAAGUGUGGAAAGAGGAUAGCCUCUUCCACUACUGCUACAACAUUGUCUUCAGAGCCGGGUACCUGGCUCUGUAUGGCACCGAGCCACACCAAGGGGCAGAAGGCAAGGAGAAAGCUGAUGAGCAAGAUCGCAUACACUCCAACCAGCUGUUCCAUGAGUUUCGGAAGUAUGACCGCCUCUUCCCUCGCCUGGCUUAUGCUGUGUUGCCUCCCAAAGACAAAAGAGAAGCUGAACGGCUGAAGAGGCUCUUCUGGAGCAUGCUGUCCGUGAAGAAGAGCUGGCAGAAGGACAAUAUCAGUGGGUGGAUAAGUGAGCAUGACCGGCUUCUGGCAGAAAGCGAUGUCCCGGAGUACAUGCGGGAUCGUUUCAUGUUCAUGCUCCUCUGGGCAUCCCAAGGCAAUACGGGCCCAACUGCCUUCUGGCUCCUCUUGUAUCUAAUGAAACAUCCAGAAGCAAUGAAGGCUGUGAAGGAUGAGAUAGAUAAAGUCUCAAGGGAGCACGGCCAGGAAGCAAAGCCAGGGAGCCCACCAAUUAACAUCACUAGGGACAUGUUAAACCAGACCUCUCUUCUGGACAGUGCUCUGGAGGAGACCCUGAGGCUGGUUGCAGCCCCGAUACUGGUCAGAGCUGUCCUCCAGGCCACCAGCCUUAAGAUGAGCAGCGGGAGAGAGUACACUCUCCGCAAAGGAGACAGGGUGGCCCUGUUCCCGCAUGUCUCUGUGCAGAUGAACCCAGAAAUUCACCCCGAGCCUCACAAAUUCAAGUACGACUGCUUCGUAAACCCAGAUGGCACCAAGAAAGAGUUCUACAAAGAUGGGAAGAGGCUGAAAUACUUCAACAUGCCUUGGGGGGCAGGUGUAUCCAUCUGCCCUGGGCGGUUCUUCGCUGUCGCUGAAAUGAAACUGUUUGUGUUCUUGAUGUUGAGUUACUAUGACCUGGAGCUGGUCAACAGAGAAGAGGAGAUCCCAGCCAUAGACAUCAGCCGCUGGGGAUUCGGGACGAUGCAGCCUGUUCGUGACAUUCGGUUCAGAUACCGGCUACGCUUUUAA